ACCAUCGUAUCGUUUUUUGGCCGACAAAAGCAAGCACUAGUCACUUCCUGGACUUGAAACAAUAGUUUAUAAUAUAUUGUGACUUUCUACUAAUAAAAUAUACUAUACGUUCUGAAGCGGGCGCGACACGGAAGCUCAUAAUCUAAUCAUUGAGCAUGUAGUUCCUGUGUAAAAAGUGAAAACAUUAAUUUUAUUUGCGGUGCGGUGUGUUGAACAGUGUUAAUUUUUGUCAGUUUAAUAGUUUUAAAUAAGUUUGUUUACGGCGAGUGGUAUCACUGCAAUGUGAUACCACAAGACAAUCUUAACCACGGAGAAGGUGAAGAAAGACACAAAGCGAGCAAAGGGCAGAAGAAUAUCCGACAUGAGGGUUGACUUCCGCGGACUAAAGUGUGCGACCGCCGUGCGCGCCGGUGUCAAAGCUGCAAUGUACGAAAGCAGCUGCUCCUACGCUGGGGCGUUGGAACUUAAACGCAGCGCACUCAAGGAGGAACCCUGGCCGACUACAGAAUGGCCUCCUUAUCGCCUCCACCAGUCGACCUUCGAGCAACUCAAACAAAGUGUAGAGAAAGCCAAAGCAGCCCUCCAGGACAGGUCAGGCCUCCUCGGUACUGCGACGGCAUUUGGAGAUUUCUACGGAGGACAACUUGGCCAAGACGCCACCAGCACCAUAGGCUUCGGAAGAACCGCACGGACAGAUGACUCCAUGCUUGGAUCUAUAGAUAAAAAUAAAGGAGUUGGGUCAGACAAGUUAUCAGGAGGUCUCAGCAAGGGCUACACGACACCAACCCUCUCGGAUACAUUGCGGGCCACGAAAUGUACAGAUGCCUCAUACAAGAGUACGUGGUCCACUCAUGCAACGUCACAGGGUUCACAAGGCUAUGGCACCAAUUCUUUAUCUGCUAUGUCGAAAUCGACACUGGAUGCUCACACGCAUCUCCGUCAACCAGAUCCAUAUCAGAUGUUCGGACCUACAAGCAGUCGACUAGCAAACUCAGGUUCAGGUCAGAUACAGCUGUGGCAGUUCCUAUUAGAAUUGUUAAGCGAUUCAAGUAACGCCGGCUGCAUCACAUGGGAAGGAACCAACGGCGAGUUCAAGCUGACGGACCCUGAUGAGGUGGCUCGCCGGUGGGGCGAGAGGAAGUCGAAACCAAACAUGAACUACGAUAAGCUCAGCCGAGCGUUGAGAUACUACUACGACAAGAAUAUAAUGACAAAGGUUCAUGGGAAACGAUAUGCGUACAAGUUCGAUUUCCAAGGGCUGGCAGCGGCCACGCAACCGGCGGCGAGCGACCCAGCUUACAAGUAUCAGAGCGAUCUUUUCAUGAGCUCGUACCACCACUCUGCUAAACUGUCGUCUUUUAUGGCCCCACACGCAGCCAUGCCGACGUCCACAGCGUCAAUAUUUCCUUCGGCCUCAUGGAGCAACUGGGGGGGAGGCGGCAGCAACCUCUACUCCCCGCACUCCAUGGCACCUCCCCACGUGACGUCACAUCUCGGCUCCUACCCUCACUACGCAUGACCAGGCUUAUAAACCGACGGCAGCCACACGACGACUACACACACAUUAAAUUAAUUACCUAAUAAUUUGGUUCCAAUUUUAAAAAGUCACAAUCUCGACUAUUUUACCAUUAGACACGCUCAUUUGUGUCAUUUUUAAUUAAGUUUAUAGUUAUAUACUUUUUGUUUAUAAAAAGUAGAUAUCAAUAAAAGUGAAAACUCAGAUAUACUACUUACGAUGAAACUGAAAAACUGUUUAGUUACAAUACAAAACGAUUUUCCAUGCGAUACGCAAGACUAGUCUUUUUAUCAAAGAAAUUUGUAAAUAAUAGACGGUAUUCAUAAAUUAUAAGUAGAAUUAUUUAUUUAGGAUAUCAAAUAACGAAAUAUUGCUCGUAUAAACUGCAUGUAAAAUUUUAACGAUGAUAGGGUUGGAUAGGUGCCUACUUCUCAUUGAACCAAAGAUCUGUCUCAUAUUCUAUGUUUCUUGUAAAGUUUGUUCAACAUUUCUUUUUUCUGGCGUUCUAAAAGUCUAAAACAUAUUUUAUGUGUAAUAUAAUAAUGGUACCUCACCUAACCAUUUUAAUUUUUUGCUUCUUUGGUUAUAUCAUAUUUAUAUAAUUAAUAAUU